AUGCCCACGCUUCCAGAGGGCGACCAACUCCGCCUAGUCAGGAAAUUCCGACAAGCCUGCGACCUCCGAGAUGUCCAGCAUGUCAUGGACUGCUACUCCACCCUACUCGCAGCAGGCCUCUUCACUGCCUACGAUACCCGGCGCAUCACCCAAGUCCUGCACGUUCGCCUACGAAACGAAAACACUCCAGCCAAGCGAGACGAAAUCUUCCCAUUCGUCCAGCAGGUAGUGAGCGAUCUACGCAGAGGAAAGCUCGAGCCCCAUCCCUACGCCUACGUCCACCUGUUCGGCAUCUACAAGGACUGCAAGCGCUUCGGUGAGGGGUAUGCCCUCUGGCAGUGGCUGGUCGAACAGGGCGAGCAGCACGUGUCGCAGGCUGCUUAUGGUGCAGCCAUCGAGCUCAUGGCAUAUGGACGACUUAUGAGCCUUCCAGACAUGGAGAAUCUCUACUCCGAAGGACUGAAGCGCUUCCCUGGCACCUUUGCCGAAUACCAUCUCUCCCCCGACGCCAUCGUCCCCGACCGAACCCGACUCACUACAAUCUCCGGCAUUCCUACCAUUCUCCUUCAAGGUAUACUCACGGCACGUAUGCUGGCGCGUGAUUGGAAGAAUGCCUAUCUGGCCUUGGACACUGCACUGCGCAUAUACCCCACACAGACCCCGCCACGCUACUUUGAACUCUUCAUGACGGAGAGGCCUAUAUCCGAGGGCUACACAGCCUUCAUGAUAGCCUGCCGAGCUGGCAUCGCCAUGAGGCCGACACAUGUCACCGCCCUCAUCACAAAGUUGCGAGCUGCGAUGAAAGCCUCGCAAUCCAUGGCCGAUCGACUCAUGCUACUUCGCGCCAUCGCAAAUGCGAUAUAUGGGCACCUAGAAGCCGGAGGAAAUAUUGAAAGUAUCCACGUGGGUUCUCUUUUCCGCGCCUUCGAACAAAUCUUGCCAGAACCCACCCCGGGUGAAGACUACAUCGGAGAAGCUGCGAAGAUGCGUGACACCCUUGUUGCCACAGCGCAUCAGAUGCUGUCUGAGCUGAUACAAGCUGGCAUGCCACCCAGCCUUCAACCAUUCGAGGCUUUAAUCUCCAUCUCAGGCAAACUGCGUGUCCCAAGUUUACUGGAAACUACUCUUCAAGACAUGGCAGCGGCUGGCCUCCGAUUUGGGCUGAUUGGAAAAAGAACAGCCUUGACGACGGCUGGCUUGCUCAAAGACAAGAAUAUGGUCAAGGAAUAUUGGUCCAACAUUGUGUUGACAGCCGAAGCAGACAGUGCACAGAUCUCGUUCGAGGAUUGGAUUACCUUCACCAAAGCUUGCAGAAGAGCUGGCCUCGGGGACUUCUUCCGAAACCAGAUUUUGAAGUUGCCAUAUGCCAUCAGCGACAACACCGAGCGCUACCUUAUCCAGCAGAUCGAGAUGCCCGAGACUCCAUCAGCACUCCACGAAGUAUACCAAUACACGAGCAUGGAAGAUCUGACUGCAGAGCUGGACGCACUCAAGGCUCAGAUGAAGAAUAUCGAAGCUGUCGUCAUGUCCGGCCAACCGCUCGAUCUCCGCAACUCCCCAUUGUACAUGCAUUUGGAUCCCGAACAUCCUUCUCUAAGCAAUACGGGAGAUCUGCGGGCAGUAUACGACGAGUUCACCCUUGACCCGCAUCAGCCACCUCUACCACCACCCGCACCUGAUUCACCAGAGCAGCUCCCAACGAGUACCACUGGCAUACCUCUAGAUGAACUCCGAUUCCAGAACUGGGUCAGCAUCCACGAGAUGAUGGACUCAGCCUCAGAAUACGAAUCCGACCUCAAAUACGCCGUCGACUCCGCCAUCAAAGCUGGAACCCCACUGCAGGGUACCCCGGAACUCCUGCGUCUACGCAAAGACCCCGGUCCAAAGCGCUCCCAAGCUGGGCUGAGUCUGAAAAUCAAAGAGCUGAGAGCGAGCCGCCCGGAAGAUGUGAGUAUCUUUAGGAGAGUCGGAUCAGAGACACCCGAAGGCGUUACUAUCUCUAAACACUUUGCCAAGAAUGAGGAGCCGAUUGUAGCGGGUGAGAAGGGGGCGCCGAGGAUUAGGAAGUAUGCUGGGCUUCAGUCAUAUCACGAUGCUCCUUCCAACUUUUUACGGAGAGCGAAACGCAAGGAUGACGAUAGUAUUGAGGCAGUAGAGGAUGCACUUACGGAUGAGAUCGCACAGGCUUCGCCGCGAGAGCAUUGA